AUGGCUGUUCCAGGCACUCAGAUCUCCAAGCGCAGAAAGUUCGUCGCCGAUGGCGUCUUCUACGCCGAGCUCAACGAGUUCUUCCAGCGCGAGCUGGCCGAGGAGGGCUACUCGGGCGUCGAGGUCCGCGUCACCCCCACGGUAACCGACAUCAUCAUCCGCGCCACCCACACCCAGGAGGUUCUCGGCGAGCAGGGCCGCCGCAUCCGCGAGCUCACCUCGCUCAUCCAGAAGCGUUUCAAGUUCCCCGAGAACUCGGUCUCUCUCUACGCCGCCAAGGUCCAGAACCGCGGCCUGUCCGCCGUCGCUCAGUGCGAGUCCCUCCGCUACAAGCUCCUCAAUGGUCUUGCCGUCCGCCGCGCCUGCUACGGUGUCCUCCGCUUCAUCAUGGAGUCCGGUGCUAAGGGUUGCGAGGUUGUCGUCUCCGGCAAGCUCCGCGCCGCCCGUGCUAAGUCCAUGAAGUUUACCGACGGCUUCAUGAUCCACUCCGGUCAGCCCGCUAAGGACUUCAUCGACUCUGCCACCCGCCACGUCCUCCUCCGCCAGGGUGUCCUUGGUAUCAAGGUCAAGAUCAUGCGCGGCUCCGACCCCGAGGGCAAGGCCGGCCCCCAGAAGACCCUUCCUGACGCCGUCUCCGUUCUCGAGCCCAAGGAGGAGCAGACUGUUGUCCAGCCCAUGUCCCAGGACUACGGCGCCAAGGCCGCUCAGGCCCAGGCCGCCGCCGAGGCGCAACAAGCGGAGCAGCAGGCCCAGGAGGGCGGCGAGGAGGCUGAGGCUCAGUCGUAG